CCCGGACCACCCACCCCUACGCGCAUCUACACCACCACCUGCGCAACAAUUUGUGACCUGCACGACCAUUGCUACCCUUGCGCGCACCCUUGGCACUCCAAAUUGAAGCCGUCGGCGCGCGCAUAUCGUGUGCGCACCCACCUGCUGACGACGCGCCAACGUAAACAACUCCGCCUCGACGCGUCCACUUCUUCACCCCGCGCAACCGUAGUCUCUACCCGCCACCGCCAUGUUUCUUCCGGAAGAUCUUCUCUUCAAGUCGGGCCAGCUUGCUCGCGUCUGGCUCGCCGCUAAUCAGCACAAAAAGCUUACAAAAGCCCAAGUGUUGCAGGACAAGAUCGAUGAAGACAUUCAGGUCAUUAUUCGGCCUGAGGGGGCUGCCGGCGGGCCUCUCGCGCUGCGAUUGAACGGCCAGCUGUUGCUUGGUGUGGUGCGCAUCUACCACAGGAAAGCGCACUACUUGCACGAUGACUGCAACGACGCGCUGUGGAAGAUCAAGAUGGCUUUCCGCCCUGGAAACAUUGAUCUGCCUACUCAGACACACGCUGCCAAUCCCACCAGUCUGACAUUGCCUGACAUGAUCACGGAUCUCGACUUGUUGGCGCCGAUGCCGGACCCUUCGUUCCUCUUGUCGCAAACGCUCGAUGGAGACCUUACCUUGGGAAACGUCACACUACCAGAUUGGGACGCCAGCCAGUUCCUGUCUAACAGCGUCGAGCAAGCGCGCCAUGAAGAGAUGGAACUGCACGACAUGGACGAUCUUGAGAUUGAUCUUGGCGAAGAUCUGGAGCCUGAAAUUGGACGUGAUGCCCCUGCUGAACGGCCCAUGGAAGAAGAGUUUGGCACCGAGCUGAAGCUGCGCAACGACGAUGACUUUGAUCUGGACGUCGGCGAAGACGGACUGACUGAAUUGGGACCCCAGGUUGACACAGAACUGAAUCUCGGAGACACUGAAAUGGGCGGCAUGGAUGUUGGAACAGAGCUGCUGCCUCCGAUGCCAUCUUCGGUGGCUGGUGACGAUGUCCCGCAGCUCACUCGCGAGGACUCUCCAUUGUCCGAACUGGGCGAAGAAGAAGAAACCCGCCUUGCACAGGAGAUCGCUGAGCUGGACCCUACCAUGCUUGAACCUGGAGAAGAGGAGGAGUCGAUCCACCAGGCUAGAGCCAAGCGCAGAAAGGUCAUCACCCAAGAUGCUGAAACCAUGAUCUCGACCGCCCAACUCAGGGACCAGCAAGCAAACCGCGACAAGAUUCUGAAGCAGGCAUCAUUCCUGCCCCGCGAUCCGCUUCUGAUGGCUCUUCUUAACAUGCAGAAGUCCGGUGGGUUUGUUUCUAGUAUCCUGGGCGACGGCCGAAGUCAAGGCUGGGCUCCAGAGCUGAGAGGUAUUCUCUCGCUGGAAGUCGUGUCGCGUCCUAGUAAGCGCAAGCGAGACAAUGCCGCUGCAGGUCUUGAGCAAACCGAGGAUGAGGCAGCUGCAUUGCCAGAGCUGGAUGUCGGACUGGACGAGCUUUCAUUGGGAGGCGGUGAAAUUCACCCCGGUGACACGACCAUCGGUGGCGACGAUCCCGUCAUGCAACUCCCUAGUGACAUUGGCGACCGACCCGAGAUAGAAGAAGAAGCUUUCUCGCCGAUUCCCGACAACUUCGACGACACAACAGCCCCACUCUACCACCCAGCUGAGAGUGGCCCUAUUUCGCUAGGUACCAAGCAUGCUGUACACCUCCUGCGAGAGCAAUUCGGACCUGAAGCAGAGGAGAGUGAGUCGAUACGACAGAAGAACACGAUCGUCUUCCAGGAGCUGCUCCCAGAAGCCCAGACAUCAAGAGCCGAUGCUACCAAGAUGUUCUUUGAGGUCUUGGUUCUGGCUACCAAGGACGCAAUCAAGGUUGACCAGCCUGGCACCGAGCUAGGAGGCCCGCUCCGUAUUCGUGCGAAGCGUGGCCUGUGGGGACAGUGGGCUGAGACUGCCGCCAGCGGCGAGCUGGCGUCCCAGAGCCAGGCUGUCCCGACAACAGCAGUUGACGCGCCUGCUGAAAGUAUCCUUGCUGGUCCAGCAGAGGUGUCUGUCUCUGCAUAAAAGCUCUGUAUCUCGAUUUGGCCUUGCUGGGUUAGCGACUUCUUUUGGGUUAUGGGAUUCAAAACGGCGUUGGCCGGAUACCCUUGAUGUGUAUGGCUCUACUUUCUGGUUGCACGGUUUAUCGGCUGGUGUAUUACGGCGUUUGUGAGGCUCAGUGUACGAGAACUAGUAGGAUAGCGAUAAACGAUCAUUCUAUAACAAUGAAACGCAGUUCAUCUUUCACUCGCCCACUGUUGUGGGACCUAUAUUCACGACAGUAGACUGACGUCUCAAGUCUAAUUUUCAGCAGAACGUAUAAGUGCCUCGCAAAAGCAGCACAUGCCUCCCGCCAACGCGUGUUCAGUA